AUGGGAGGCCCCAAUCUCGAAGUGUUCAAGUUCGGCAUGUAUAUCAUGUUCCCAAUCGCCAUCAUGUACUAUUAUGGCACAAAUCUUGAUCAACGAUUUUCAGUUCCGGACUUCUGGCCCAGAGUUGAUCAGACUAAUCGUAUACCUUUUGAGAGGGACGAGAUCAAAUCAGAGCUUGAGAGGUUAAGACAGAAGAGACUGUACUUGAGAGAGCAGAGGGUGCGGGGUGCCAAUGGAUCAAACGAAGAGGGGAAAUGA